AUGGAUAACCCUAAUGCUGUGAAGUGGACCUGUGGACAGAAAACGGGAAAGCCAGCGCCUGAAGAUCGAUGCCGCUCCCAGUAUAAGGCUAGAACCAUCAAAUGUUCAAAAUGUGGUACAAGACGAGGCAAAGAUGCCCAUGGCAUCAAUGACAAGGAUGUCAUAACCGGAGUCUGUCUGAGUGUCAAUGAGAAAGGGAAGGAGAAAUGGUAUUGGUUUCAGCAAAAGGAAUGA